AUCCUGCAGCAGGUGUGGCCGUUUGUGGGUCAGUAUCUGGAAAAGCUGCUAGUGGAGACCAUCGCUCCGUCCAUCCGUGCCUCCAGCACUCACCUCCAGACCCUCACCUUCACUAAGGUGGACUUUGGGGACAAGGUAACUUCUAAGAUAACAUCCCCCAUACACACACACUGCUACAGGUCUCAUCAUACAAAUACGUAAUGACACAAGAUUCUCUUUCACUCUCACUGAGAUGGACAUGGGACUUCAGUAUUGGUCUAUGGUCUUUCAUAGUCUUACAUAAUUGUGUUCUCUUGGUGUGUGUAUGUUCUUUGUUGACUAUGCUGUGUGUGUGUGUUGUAGGCCAUGAAGGUGGUGGGUGUAAAAGCACACACAGAGAAUGAGCGGGGACAAGUCCUGCUGGACGUGUACAUCAGGUGACCUUCAACCCUUCAAUGUUUAACUUUCCUCCAGGCCUCAGAGGCACCAUUCACUCUCUCUUCCAAAAUCAGAAGUUCAAAGCCGUUAUACAAGGAACCAUUAUUGCAAUGUGCUACAGUAUCCUUCUCUUUUACCUUGCAGCUAUGUUGGAAAUGUUGAGAUCAAUGUGGAGGUGAAGAGGUAUUUCUGCAAAGCAGGAGUCAAGGGAAUACAGGUAUGUUUUAUCUUCUCUCUCUAGUCUGUAAUAAGGCUGCGGGAUAUUAUGGAAAACAGGGAGAGAAAGAAGGUAUUGACCUGAAAAGAGAAAGGGAGAGGCAGGAAGAGAUAUUGGUCACACUUUACAAUAACGUUUAAACAUAACUAAGAAAUUACAUAUUUAUUUUUAAUGUAUGUAUGUAUAAACAAAUAAUUCACGGUCUGUACUUAUAAAUCCUUAUAAGGGUUUUUAUAAAUCCUUUAUAAACCUUAUGUCAGUUUUGCGAUUUAAUAUUAAUGUAUUCCCGCCUCUCUCUUCCCAGCUGCAUGGGAUGAUGCGGGUGAUUCUGGAGCCUCUGAUUGGAGAUGUCCCAAUCGUGGGCGCAGUCACCAUGUUCUUUAUCCGCAGGCCGGUGGGUAGCUGGGACCAUCCCUCUCUUUCCUUAACACCAUCGGUCUGUCCAUCUUUCCCUUCAUAUCCUCUUUACUCCCAACACUCCACCAUCUCACACUCCCUGUUACUUCCACACAAAAAAAUUAUGGUUCCAAAUAGUACUAGCUAGGGCUUCUUUGGCUUGUAACCAUUGGAGUCGCUAGAGCGCGAUGAGCCAAGUAAAGCCCCCCCGGCCAAACCCUCCCCUAACCCGGACGACGCUCGGGCCAAUUGUGUGCCACCCUAUGGGACUCCCAAUCAUGGCCGGUUGUGAUACAGCCCGAGAUCGAACCCGGGUCUGUAGUGAUGCCUCUAGCACUGCGAUGCAGUGCCUUAGACCGCUGCGCCACUCGGGAGGCCCCUUUGUAGAUCCUUUUGAAGAACCGUACAGGGUUUAUUAUUCUGGUCAGCCAUAUUAUAUUGUUAAAAUUCAAUAGGUGUUAUUAUUGUGUUAAUUGGCAAGUUGAAUCACAUGAGCUAUCUCUAGAACAGCUGGGGGUCCCUGAGGAGAGAAUUGAGAAUCACUGACUGAUUUAGUCAAUCGUUCUCAAUUGACACAAGACACUGUCACUGGCCAUAGUCAUAUAUAAUGUGUAUUGGCACAACACAACACAUUAGAUAAACUGGAAUGACACUCUCACUCACAAUUGCAAAAAAAGAGCUGUGCGCAAACCACACCCCAAAAUAUUCUAAUGAGCCAUCGCCCCUACAUUUUAAUUAUCACUAAAAGAGCAAAGAACCCUUUUCUGAACUGUAAAGAACCAUUGAAGAGCUCAAAUGGUUAUUUGAGUAAUUAUGGUUCCACAUAGAACCAUCACCCUUCCCAAAGAACCUUUGAGGAACAUUUGUUAUGUAUCUCUCUUUCUCUUUGUAUUGAAUGUCUGAAACCCCAACAUUCCUCAUCUUUUCCCUCAUCUCCUCACCCCUGUCCUAUAGAAACUGGACAUCAACUGGACUGGACUGACCAACUUACUGGACAUCCCUGGUCUGAAGUGAGGCUGACUCUUUCUGUUGUUAGUGUUUUGUAAUUGGAGUCACUAGGUCAUGUGAUGAUAAUUCACUUAAUGUAACACAAAACUAUACUUUACUAUAUGCACCACCUGAUACAAUCAGUUCUAUGCUAUGCUAUGAUAUGGCUGUAUUAUGAUAUACUAUGUCUGUGCACUUACAUGUAUGUACAGUAUCUACUGUAUAUAUAAAAUCGAGUGCUCCCUCCUGUGUUUCUCAGCAUUAUGUCUGACACCAUGAUAAUGGACGCCAUCGCUUCCUUCCUGGUUCUGCCCAACCGUCUGACUGUUCCCCUGGUAGCAGACCUGCACAUUGCCCAGCUACGCUCUCCUCUGCCCAGGGUGAGUCCACGCUCUCCACAAACACUCUCCACAAACACACUCCACAAACACACACAUUUACUCAGACCACAGACUCUAUGUGUCUUGUCUGAGCUUAUAACUGCCAAACUCCUUGAUAAAUUAACACUGAUAUACAGACAUUAAACACAAUAGAGCUUAUACCAGUAUCAAUCCCCUCACUGUCUUCCACUCCCUCCCUCCCCAUUAAAUGAUUAAUUGUUCCCUCUCUCUCCGAAUCUGUCCCCUCUCCCCCCUCUAUUUCUCUCUCUCAUUAUCUCGCUCUACCCCUCUCCCCCUCUCUCUCUGUCUACCCCUCCUCUCAGGGUGUGGUGCGUAUCCACCUCUUGGAGGCUGAUGACCUGCCAGCUAAGGACAACUACAUUAAGGGGGUGAUAGCAGGGAUGUCUGACCCUUACGCCCUGUGUAGGGUGGGUCCUCAGACCUUCACCUCCCACGUUGUGGACAACACUGUCUGUCCCAAGUGGGAAGAGAUGUACGAGGUGAGGGGGCCAGGAGCCGGAGGAUUGUGUAAAAUCACUCAUUUCUAUUUCAUUGAAUGUCAUUGCCACAUAUUAGUGUUGCAUUUACUGUUGCAAAACAGCAUGUCUUAAUUUCCAUAUCUUUGUUUAGAGAGAUAAUGCAUUACUUGGUAGGGAAUGCAAUGGUCCAGUAGCAGAGUGGGGAUUCCCCUAUGUAUGUCUGUCUAUCAAGGUUAAUUUGUUUUUUUUUACAGGAAAAUCAAUCUGCCAAUGACACACGGUCAUACUGAGUAAUCAUAGAGGAAACAGACACAUUUUCUCCUCAUUGAUAUCUCUGUGUUGUUGGUCCUCAUGGUGUUGUGUACAGUGCAUUCGGAAAGUAUUCAGACCCCUUUACCGUUUCCACAUUUUGUUACACUACAGCCUUAUUCUAAAAUGGAUGAAAUUACUUUUUUCCCUCCUCAAUCUACACACAAUACCCCAUAAUGGCGAAAACAGGUUUUUAGAAAUUUGUCCGUAGAGCUUCGAGACAGGAUUGUGUCAAGGCACAGAUCUGGGGAAGGGUACCAAAAACUGUCUGCAGCAUUGAAGGUCCCCAAGAGCACAGUGGCCUCCAUCAUUCUUAGAUGGAAGAAGUUUGGAACCACCAAGACUCUUCCUAGAGCUGGCCACCCGGCCAAACUGAGCAAUCGAGGGAGAAGGGCCUUGGUCAGGGAGGUGACCAAGAACCCGAUGGUCACUCUGACAGAGCUCUAGAGUUCCUCUGUAGAGAUGGGAGAACCUUCCGAAGGACAACCAUCUCUGCAGUACACCACCAAUCAGGCCUUUAUGGUAAAGUGGCCAGACGGAAGCCACUCCUCAGUAAAAGGCACAUGACAGCCCGCUUGGAGUUUGCCAAAAGGCACCUAAAGGACUCUCAGACCAUGAGAAACAAGAUUCUCUGGUCGGAUGAAACCAAGAUUGAACUCUUUGGUCUGAAUGCGAAGUGUCACGUCUGGAGGAAACCUGGCACCAUCCCUACGGUGAAGCAUGGUGGUGGCAGCAUCAUGCUGUGGGUAUGUUUUUCAGCGUCAGGGACUAGGAGACUAGUCAGGAUUGAGGGAAAGAUGAAAGGAGCAGAGAGAUCCUUGAUGAAAACCUGCUCCAGAGCGCUCAGGACCUCAAACUGGGGCGAAGGUUCACCUUCCAACAGGACAAUGACCCUAAGCACACAGCCAAGACAAGAGUGGCUUCGGGACAAGUCUCUGAAUGUCCUUGAGGGGCCCAGCCAGAGCCCGGAAUUUAACCCGAUCUAACCUCUCUGGAGAGACCUGAAAAUAGCUGUGCAGCGACGCUCCCCAUCCAACCUGACAGAGCUUGAGAAGAUCUGAAGAGAAUGGGAGAAACUCCCCAAAUACAGGUGUGCCAAGCUUAUAGCGUCAUACCCAAGAAGACUCAAGGCUGUAAUCGCUGCCAAAGGUGCUUCAACAAAGUACUGAGUAAAGGGUCUGAAUACUUAUUUAAAUUUGAUAUUUAAGUGUUUUAUUUGUAAUACAUUUGCAAACAUUUCUAAAAACCAGUUUUUGCUUUGUCAUUAUGGGGUGUUGUGUGUAGAUUGAGGGAGAAAAACAAUUGAAUCAAUUUUAGAAUAAGGCUGUAACGUAACAAAAUGUGGAAAAAGUCAAGGGUUCUGAAUACUUUCCGAAUGCACUGUAUGUCCAUGUGUGUGUGUGUCAGGUCAUAGUCCAUGAAGUACCAGGUCAGGAGCUGGAGGUGGAGGUGUAUGACAAAGACCCAGACCAGGAUGACUUUCUGGGGAGGUAGCUACAUAUCUCUGCCUGCCCAUGGGUUUCUGUUGCCACACUGCCACUUCUUAUUGUUUCCCUUCCCUUUCACCUCUCAUAGCCCUGUAACUGAGUAUAAAGAGUAUGAAGUCUCCUAGUGUUUUACAUUCAAUACUAUCUUCUCUUCCUUAAAUACUGCUGGAUAUAUUUUCCUUCUUUUUCUCCAUUGUCUUGAUUUCUCUCUUUUUGUUUAUUUCUCUAUCUGUCUCUCUCCCACUCUUUGCCGUUUCCUACAGAACCAAGAUAGAUUUGGGUAUCGUGAAGAAGUCCAAAGUUGUUGAUGAAGUGAGUUAUUUUCAGUAUUAUUGAAUGUCUAACAUGGUUAGACACUACAUUGUCAUCACAAUCUGUAUUUUUGUUUCUCAGUGGUUCACCCUGAAAGAAACCAAGUCAGGACGGGUCCAUUUCAGACUGGAGUGGUUGGUCUUGCUGCCCAAUACAGAGCAACUAGAGCAGGUCUGCAUCCGUGUCCUCCCUAUCAUAAUAUUCCUCCUAAAGUUAAUGUUACAACAAUAUGAUGCUCAUUCCGUCUUGUUUGAUUGGACACUGGCUGUGAGCUGUAGUGAAGGAAUGUGCAGAAUGAAAAGUGCUUAGAGCUAAUUUCCUCUCAACUCCUCCCCCUCUCCCCUCCUCUCAACUCCUCCCCCUCUCCCCUCCUCUCAACUCCUCCCCCUCUCCCUUCCUCUGCCAGGUUCUUCAGAGGAACAAGAGCUUGACAGUGUCCAGUAAGACUUCUGAUCCCCCCUCGGCAGCCAUCUUGGCAGUGUAUCUGGACAAGGCUGAAGCCCUUCCUGUGAGUCACACCUCCUCAACCUCUCCCCCCUCCUCCUCCUCUCUCACCCCUUAAGCUGCAUCCUGUCUGUGGCUGCUAGGGUAGCGCUGUAACUGUCAUUAGGGUUCUUGUUACACAGAGUUGUUCCCUACCCUCUGCCCUUGUUCACUUCCCAUCACCGAUCUGAGAUAAUUGCAACAUCAGCUUUAAAGGCUAGCUUUCCGACAUGUUGUUUUCACCUAUCCAGUCCUGUCUGAUCUGCAAAAGGAAGUGAAUGGGAGCCAAGGAGAGGGAACAACCUUCUGGAAUGAAACACACCCAUAGUGGUGCUGUGUUUAGACUUCCUGAAACUCUUGGCACUCAACUCUGUUUCCUCUUUCUACUGUUUUUCAGCGGUUGCUAUGCAACAUCUAUGCCAGUGGUAACCAACCCUAGUCCUGAAGAGCUACAGAGUGUGCAGGCUUUUGUUACAAACCCAGCACAAACACAUCUGUUUCAACUAAUCAACUCAUCAAAUCUAAUUAUCAAUAACUUGAUUAGUUGAAUCAAAUGUGUUAGUGCUGGGCCGAAACAAAAGCCCCCGUAGUGCUCUAUUAAUAAAGUGUUACAGUGUUAAAGUUGUUUGUGUGUUUUAUAUGUUGAUGUGUGUUUGUAUGUGUGUGUUUAAGAUGAAGAAGGGCAACAAAGAACCCAGUCCCAUGGUGCAGUUGUCUGUGCAGGACAUCACCCGAGAGAGCAGGGUAAGACUACCAGAGUAGUGACUUACUUGACUUAUUCCAUCCGGCUCCUACAGUGGAACAAAGGACCAAACGGGGCUACCAUAGUAAUAGACUAUCAUAACCCUUUGCUUUGAAGUCAAACCCACUCCUAUUUUACUUUCUCUCAAUUCCUUUGUACUGUUUUUAGACCUGUUGGACGACAAUCAACCCAGAGUGGGAGGAUGCCUUCACCUUCUUCAUCCCAGAUCCACGCAAGCAGUCAAUAGACAUUCAGGUACCUUGAUAUUCUAACUCCAUAACAUGUUCUGCACCCAUUUGUCAUUAUGUUCAUUUUUUGAGUGCAACAUUUCUGUCUGUGUUUCCUCAUAGCAAUCUGUUAAUGACCACACUCUUUCCUAUGUGUGUAUUCUUCAUUGAACAUUCUCACUAUCCUCCCAUCUCUUCCAGGUGAAAGACAAUGACCGGAUUCAGACUCUAGGUAGCCUGUCCAUCCCUCUGUCCCGUCUGCUGUCCAGCCCCAACCUGUCUCUGGACCAGUGGUUCCAGCUAGACAAAUCUGGCCCUGCCAGCCGCAUCUACAUCAACACUGUACUCAGGGUAAGGACUGGUUCCUCCUCUCAAUCCCAACCUACAGUAAGGUGGAUGCACAUCUCUAAAGCUCAGUUUGGCCUAUGUAUAAUGCAUUCUUCUCUCUUUUUUUCUGUCUCUCUCUUUGUUUCUCUCUUCUCUCUCUCUCUCUCUCUCUCUCUCUCUCUCUCUCUCUCUCUCUCUCUCUUUGUUUCUCUCUCUCUUUAUCUCUCUCUCUCUCAUUGUUUCUCGCUCUCCCUUUCUCUCUCAGGUGCUAUGGUUGGAUGAGGAUAACCUUCCCACUUCCUCUACAGAGGCAGCUAACCUAGCAGCUGGUCUCUCAAAGAUACGCCCCCAACAGACCUCCCCUGACCCCAGCUUUGCCACAGAGGUAACAUAGGCACAGACACAUGCAUACACACACGAUAACAUACGCUCUAUACACACACGUACACAUGGAUUUUGUGUUGUAGAUAUGUGGUAGUGCAGUAGGGGCCUGAGGGCACACACUUAAUGUGUUGUGAAAUCUGUUAUGAAUGUAUUGUAAUGUUUUUUAAAUGAAUAACUGCCUUAAUUUUGUUGGACCCCAGGAAGAGUAGCUGCUGCCUUGGCAUAAUAAAUACAAAUACAAAUGUAAUAUACAUGGACAUACAUGUUAUUGUUUUCAAGGUAGAUACGAUUAAACCAAGUUAAAGUGUGAUUGCAAUGUUGAGGAGUCUAUGGUGACGUUCAGUAUUUUGUUGUUUUAGGGGGUGCUGAGAAUCCACCUUCUAGAGGGCCAAAAUCUGGUCCCCAAGGACAACAUGAUGGGGGGCAUGGUAAAGGGCAAGAGUGACCCCUAUGUCAAGAUCAACAUUGGGGGUGAGACUUUUGAAAGUCGGGUCAUCAAUAGGAACCUCAACCCCACCUGGAACGAGAUGUACGAGGUACGAUAUCAACCUAAUAUUAUCUUAAUUUUCAAGUCAGAACAUUUUAACAAAACAAAUAAAGUAAUUGGUCAAAACUGACAUUCAUACCACUGUAGGGUUAUAAUGAGUUCAAGGAGGCCUCUGCUCGUCAGAAAACAGUACAACCAUAGAAAGAGUGCUUAUCAACCAGUGAUAUUUUGGAAGCUAUUUUAGAUUUAGUUUUAGUGUUAGUCUUUAUGACUAAAAUACCUUUUAGUCUUAGUCACAUUUUAGUAUUUUCAUCCUUAGUUUUUGUUAUCAGUCGGCUAAAACUCGGGACAAUUUUAGUCUAGUUUUAAUCACAGUCAUUUCAGUAACAUAUUAGUUAGUGCAUUUUUCCCCCAUGAAAUAAUGUAUAUUUACUUUUAACUUCCAUCAUGAGCACAUUAAAAUAGCCUUGUCCAACUAGACCUACUAUCCCCUCAUAUAGCUGGCACAUUGCUAUUGUGGUAGAUUGUAACCAAUGCCAGCCAUGAUUUACCAUAGGCUACAAAGUCUUGGCUACAGGUUAAACAAUUUAGGCAUACAGCUCUUUUCUCCCCAUCAUAACCUUGGGAUUGGAGUAAAUAACAAUGAUUCCCCUAAAAAGGGGAGAAUCUGAGCUUUCCAACAAUGCCAGAAAUGUUAGGCUACUGUACUCCUAAUAUUCAGCAAAUAGCAUUAAUAUUUCCAAUCGGGAAAAACUACUGCACUCGCAUUUGCGAAGCGUGAGAGCGACAACACAGAUGAAUAACAGCUCACAUGGGAAAAUAGAGCUUCUGAUGUGAUCAAAGCAAAAAUAGCCUAGAGAGAGUAAACAUUAUUGUUUCUAGUUUAGGUUAGAUACAAUUGAAGUGACUGAAGUGAACUCCCGGGAGCUGUCUGGAAGAGCCGGUCAGAUCAGCCCAAUCACACCGCGCAACUGAAAGACGUUCAUUCUUCCAAUGAGAGGAUUGCAUAAAAAAUUCUGCAUAGGCAUUCAUGCUUAUGAUUGGAGAAAUUAGAUGAAAAGGAGCUUCAUGUCAAAUUGAAUGUCCAUUAGUCUCACGUGAAGUUCUUGCCUCGUCACAUUUUCGUCAACUAAAAUAAAAACUCAUUUGUUACAGUUAUAAUUUUUUCCAUGUCAUCAUAUCGUUAUCGUCAUUAGUUUUCGACAGGGAAAAUAGGUCGUUGGCUAAUAUGUUUCGUCAUAGCUAUUGUUGACGGAAUUAACACUGUUAACAACCAGGACAGCAGUCUACAAAUGAGGACUUACCCAUUAUUUUGAGGAAAAUAUUAAGUGACCUCAAAAUGUCAGUACUUCCCUGUGUGUUUCCAGUUUUAGUAUGUAGAAUAUUGCCUUUACUGAAGCUGUUGUUGAGUGUUGUGUUGUCUCCCAGGUGGUUCUGACCACGCUGCCUGGCCAGGAGCUGCAUGUAGAGAUGUUUGAUAAGGACAUGGACAUGAAAGAUGACUUCAUGGGCAGGUAUGCAGGCUGUGACCCAAAUGGCAAUAAUGGUGUAAAGUACUUAAUUAAAAAUACUUUAAAGGACUACUUAAGUAGUUUUUUGGGGUAUCUGUACUUUACUUUACUAUUUAUAUUUUUGACAACUUUUACUUUUACUUCACUACAUUCCUCAAGAAAAUAUUGUACUUUUUCCCUGCUUAGCAGGACAGGAAAAUGUCAAAUUCAUGCACUACUGCCUCUGGCCUGGCGGACUCACUAAACACAAAUGCAUCUUUUGUAAACAAGAAAAUGGUGCCGUCUGCUUUGCUUAAUAUAAGGAAUUUUAAAUGAUUUAUACUUUUACUUUUAAUACUUAAGUAUAUUUUAGCAAUUACAUUUACUUUUGAUACUUAAGUAUAUUUAAAACCAAAUACUUUUAGACUUUUACUCAAGUAGUAUUUUACUGGCAGACUUUCACUUUUAUUUGAGUAACUUUCUAUUAAGGUAUCUAUACUUUUACUCAAGUAUGACAAUUGGGUACUUUUUCCACCACUGUCUCUAUAUAGUGCACUACUUUAGGGUCUCUGGGAGCUAGAUAGAUAUCUAUGUGUGGUGACUUUAGCACCCCCUUGGGCAGGGACAUGUAACUACUCCCACUGAUUAGGUUUUGCUCCAUAUUACGUUGUUUUGUACAGUUGUUUGCACUCUAACCUGAUAUUCAUAUGUACCUUUACAGGUUGAAGAUUAGUUUGAAGGAUAUCAUCACCUCUCAGUACACUGACCAGGUGAGAUCUGCCUGCCUGCAACGGAGUUAACAUGACUUCAUACUUUCAUUCACACAAACAGAUCACUGCUUAUGUUACCAUCCUAUGUAAAAGCUCAUUAGUUUCCCUGUUUCAGUGUUAGGCUACACUGAGUUGUUGUCUCUCUGUUCCAGUGGUACACUCUGAAUGAUGUGAAGUCAGGUCGUGUUCACCUGGUACUGGAGUGGGUACCUACAGUAUCAGAACCAGACAUACUGGACCAGGUCAGUCCUUCUUCCUCUUUUUUUAAUCAGGAGUUUAUUAAAGAUAUAAUAUUGUGAUCAGAGAAUCUCUUUUGCAAAUCAGACCUGAUUACAAAACAUAAGCAAUAUAAUAGGCAGUAUUAAACAGUAGAGUAAUGCAUCCUUGUACACAGUGCCAUACAGACCCAGUGACCUGUGUACAUGUCCCCAGGUGUUCCAGUUCCAGUCCAGGCAGUCCUACCACAACAAGGCCUUUCCCUCCAUGGCUCUACUCUUUGUGUUUGUGGAUAGGGCAGACGGUCUACCAGUGAGUCUUUGCACCUCUUUCUCAGUUUGGAGGGGGUCUUAUGACUUUGUGUGCAGGGCUAAUGUUAAUGAUGUUUGUUAUGUUUAGAGGACUAAUUAUAUUUUGCAUAUGAACCUGGGUGCUUAUUUUGUGCACAUGUAGUGUGUUUGUUUUGAAUGUUUGUUUAUUGUUGUGUGUUUCUAGCUGAAGAAGAGUGGGAAGGAGCCAAAAGUGGGAGCUGAACUUGUUGUGGGGGGAACCUCCCAUAAAACUACAGUGAGACAGAAAACCCAUUCAAUGUGUCCUGUUAAAACUGGACAUAUGACACUGUAAAACCAUUCAAUUUGUCUUAAAAAAAGAUUCAAAAUGUCCACACUCUAAUAUGGUAUUUUGAUCUGUGUCAGUGAAUUACUGCUCUUGCCUCCUUUCGAUCUCUCUUAAGGUGUGUGAUCGCACCAUCUCACCCCAGUGGGACGAGGCCUUUUGCUUCCUGGUUCAUGACCCCAGAGAAGAGAUCCUCAUAGUGAAGGUGUGUAUGUAAAAAUAUUUUUUAGAUCAGAGCUUAAAGACUUGGGCUUUUAUAUAAGGGUACUAUACUCUAUAUAGGGUUUUUCUUUAUUUUUACUAUUUUCUACAUUGUAGAGUAAUAGUGAAGACAUCAAAACUAUGAAAUAACACAUAUGGAAUCAUGUAGUAACCAAAAAAGUGUUAAACAAAUAUAUUUUAUAUUUGAGAUUCUUCAAAUAGCCACCCUUUGCCUUGAUGACAGUUUGCACACUCUUGGCAUUCUCUCAACCAGCUUCACCUGGAAUGCUUUUCAAACAGUCUUGAAGGAGUUCCCACAUAUGCUGAGCACUUGUUGGCUGCUUUUCCUUCACUCUGCCGUCUGACUCAUCCCAAACCAUCUCAAUUGGGUUGAGGUCGGGGGAUUGUGGUGACCAGGUCAUCUGAUGCACCACUCCAUCACUCUCCUUCUUGGUCAAAUAGCCCUUACACAGCCUGGAGGUGUGUUGGUUUAUUGUCCUGUUGAAAAACAAAUGAUAGUCCCACUAAGCCCAAACCAGAUGGGAUGGUGUAUCGCUGCAGAAUGCUGUGGUAGCCAUGCUGGUUAAGUGUGCCUUGAAUUCUAAAUAAAUCACAGACACUGUCACCAGCAAAGCACCCCCACACCAUAACACCUCCUCCUCCAUGCUUUACGGUGGGAAUUACACAUGCGGAGAUCAUCCGUUCACCCAUACCGCGUCUCAGAAAGACACCGGUUGGAACCAAAAAUCUCAAAUUUGGACUCCAGACCAAAGGACACAUUUCCAACGGUCUAAUGUCCAUUGCUCAUGUUUCUUGGCCCAAGCAGGUCUCUUCUUAUUAUUGGUGUCCUUUAGUAGUGGUUUCUGUGCAGCAAUUCGACCAUGAAGGCCCGAUUCACACAGUCCCCUCUGAACAGUUGAUGUUGAGAUGUGUCUGUGACUUGAACUCUGUGAAGCAUUUAUUUGGGCUGCAAUUUCUGAAGCUGGUAUCUCUAAUGAACUUAUCCUCUGCAGCAGAGGUAACUCUGGGUCUUCCAUUCCUGUGGCGGUCCUCAUGAGAGCCAGUUUCAUCAUAGCGCUUGAUGGUUUUUGCAACUGCACUUAAAGUAACUUUAAAAGUUCUUGAAAUGUUCCGUAUUGACUGACCUUCGUGUCUUAAAGUAAUGAUGGACUGUUGUUUCUCUUUGCUUAUUUGAGCUGUUCUUGCCAUAAUAUGGACUUGGUCUUUUACCAAAUGGGGCUAUCUUCUGUAUACCCCCCUACCUUGUCACAACACAACUGAUUGGCUCAAAUGCAUUAAGCAGGAAAUAAAUUCCACAAAUUAACUUUUUAAGAAGGCUUCCCUGUUAAUUGAAAUGCAUUCCAGGUGACUACCUCAUGAAGCUGGUUGAGAGAAUGCCAAGAGUGUGCAAAGCAGUCAUCAAAGGGUGGCUAUUUGAAGAAUCUCUAAUAUAAAAUAUAUUUUGAUUUGUUUAACACUUUUCUGGUUACUACAUGAUUCUAUAUGUGUUAUUUCAUAGUUUUGUUGUCUUCACUAUUAUUCUACAAUGUAGAAAAUAGUAAAAAUAAAGAAAAACCCUUGAAUGAGUAGGUUUGUCCAAACUUUUGACUGGUUGUGCACAUUACGAGGUCAUCCAUCCACCCAUCUUCCAUUUUCUCUUCUCUAGUUGUCUCACAGUUGGACCUUGCCUAUUGGUUCUCUGGUGGUACCAAUCAGAGAGCUGCUGUCAGAACCAGAUCUGGUCCUGGAUCAGUGGCUGAGUCUGGAUGGAGCCUCACCUGACAGUCAGAUUCUACUGAGGGCUGAACUCAAGGUGAGACACACUUGCACUUUACAAACACUCUAUUACUCUGUAGGAGGCACUUUAGACGUGUAUUGAUUCAAUGCAUGAUGUUUUAUAAUAAGGUUAUAUGGUGGUGUUAUUAAAUGUGUUGUUCUAAUACAGGUGCUGUGUCCCAAGAAGUGUGAGAUCGAUGUGGAAAGGGCAGAUCAACCCAGAGCUCGAGACGUCUCUACUGCUGAACAGAGACUGGAGAGAAACACAGUGCAGAAGAGGUAGAACAAAUGAGGGUGCACUAAUACACACAUACACACACACACACACACACACACACACACACACACACACACACACACACACACACACACACACGAUUAACCAAUUUCUCUGUUAUUCCACCAUGUCUGCUCAGGUCUAGUUCAGUGGACACUCCCAGUGCUCCAGUCCCCAACCUUCCCUCUAUCCCAGCACCAGAGCCAGAGGAGGCUAAGAGAGUAACAGCUACUGAGAUGGUUUCUGGGAAAGUACCUGAGGAGCUCACUGAGGAACCCAGUCCUCCUGAAACACUCCCCAGACACACCAACCCUGAUCCCAGCUUUGGCUCUGAGGUGAGAUGCAGUAUGCCAGUGAAGGCCAUUAUAACAGUUGUUUUCUUUUGAGGUAUACAGUACAAUAUCAUAUACAGUACUGUGUGAAUUAGGUAUUGCAUGCUAUACACAAAAAAAUGUAUGCACGCAUGACUGUAAGUCGCUUUGGAUAAAAGCGUCUGCUAAAUGGCAUAUUAUAUUAUAUUGUUAUUAUACUGCUGUAUUUGUGCAGUCUUGUUACCGGUGUUUGUUUUAAGGGGGUGCUGAGAAUCCACCUACUGGAGGCCGAGAAUCUUAUCGCCAAGGACAACCUGAUGGGGGGCCUGAAGAAGGGCAAGAGUGACCCUUAUGUCAAGAUCAACAUCGGAGGGGUCAAGUUUAAAAGUCAU